GUGAAUUUAAGCCGCAGAAGCCGGAUCGCCUUCACACAUUGUGUCACUCCUUAGACACAGAGAUGGAGUUGAGGAUGCUCUGCGUUUGGGUUGUGGCCCUGCUUUUUGGGCUUUGCACUGCUGGACCUGCAGGGAAAGAAUUUGCUCUGUCCUUCAUGCAGAAUUACAAACCAGGCAACAAUGACGGUCCAUCACGUUUCAUUGUGGAGAUCUCCAGCCCCCCAGGUACCAUAUUAAGCACGAAAGUGACGGUGACUGCACUGGGACAAGAGUUUGAGAAGACUCUUCAGCCGGGGGUUGGAGUUUCAGUCGAGCUUCCUGAUGAAGUGGAGAUGACUGGAAGCUCAAAAAACAAGCAAACCGUCCAAGUCAAAGCCGACCAAGACGUUCUGGUGUUGUCUCUGAACUUCAAGCCCUACUCAGCAGACACCUCCGUGAUCUACCCCCUCACAGAGUGGGGGACAGAGUACUACGUCUACACUCCACAGAUGGGUCCACCUGAUACCUACAAAGAAUUCGCCAUCACCAAUCAAGGAAGUGAAAAUACUGUGGAGAUCCAGCUGAAGGGUGCAGUCACAUUUGGAGGUCAGAAAUACCCACAAGGCAGCAAACUCACUCUCACUCUGGAACCAUAUGAGAGCGUGCAGAUCCAAAGCGAAGAUGACCUGACAGGCUCCAAAGUAACUGCCAAGCAACCAGUGGCAGUUUUCACAGGACACAGCUGCACCUGGUAUUUUUCAGAGUGCAACCACGUGUUCGAACAGCUCCGUCCUGUAAGCAGCUGGGGUAAAGAGUUCAUAGUCCCAACCCUAGCCUACACAGUACCUCCGUUCAGAUUUGAUACCGUCAUCAUCCAGGCCUCGCAGAGCACUCAACUCCAAAUCACUACACAAGAUGGGAAAACCUCGCCAAAGACCAUGGUGCAAGGAGAAUCCCUCUAUAUCAAUAUGCCGUAUCCGGACGUUCUGCAUUUCACUGCUGAUCAAGGAGUCCAGGUGCUGUAUGAGUUUAACGGAGGAAGCAAUCAAUACGGGGUGGUUAACGACCCCUUCCUCAUGACCAUCCUCUCAACAGAUCUCUAUAGCACCUCCUACACAUUGGAAGGGCAGCCUGGCUUCACCAACGAAGCCGUAAUAGUAGCCCGCACCUCUGACCUGAGUAAACUUACCGUUGAUUCGGCUUCAGUAUCCAAAGAACUGGAGUGGACUCAAGCUGCGAAAAGUGAAUACUCGUGGACACAGUUCAGUUACGGCAACAAUACUGACCUUUAUCAGGUAGCACACCCACAGUCACCUUUUGCUCUGUACAGCUUUGGUGUAUCCAACCAGAAUGGAUAUGGAUCCCCAGCCGCUAGUAAUCCUCCAGCUUCUGUUGGCACCUGCUGGGAAAUGGGAGACCCACACUACCGUACAUUUGAUGGCACUACCUACAACUUCAUGGGUAACUGCACCUACCUGAUGGCCAAAAACUGUCACGUGGACGAUUUACACCCCGCGUUCGAAGUGGAGACAGCAAAUAUACGCUAUGGCACAGCAAUUACCUAUCUCAACAGAGUGGUGGUUACAGCUUACGGUAGAAGAAUAGCCAUUGUUCGUGGUCAUUAUGGCAUUGUACGGAUAAAUGAUUUCCUUUGGAACCUUCCAAUCUCCUUCGACAAUGGUAAAGUGACUGCCCGGCAGAGCGGUCUCUCGGUGAUUGUGGAGACAGACUUUGGGCUGUCAGUGCAGUUCAACUGGGACAAUUUCAUGUCGAUUAGCAUACCGAGCAGCUUUAUGGGAAGAACAUGUGGCAUGUGUGGAAACUUCAAUGGGAAGACGGAUGAUGACCUCACUACACCCAGUGGUUCUUUGGCAAGUAGUAUUUCAGCACUGGGACAGAGCUGGAAGGUUGGAGGGGCUGUUGAUUGUAAAGAUGAUUGUGUGGGCGCGUGUGAGACCUGUAAGAGCGACUCAGUGUUGAAACGCCUGGCAGCAGAGACUUUCUGUCAUGCUUUAACUCUUCUCAGUGAAGGUCCUUUCCGUGAAUGCAGCGCUGUCAUCGAUUCCAAAGUUUUCUAUGAGAAUUGCCUGUAUGACUACUGCACAGGGAAGGGGACCAAGUAUUUCCUGUGCAACAUAGCUCAGACCUAUGCCGCUGCCUGCCAGAGUGCUGGUGUUCGUGCUGCCGACUGGAGGAGCUUCAUUGGCUGCCCUUCACCACAAUGUCCUGAAAACAGUCAGUAUGAGUCCUGCGCCUGUCCUGCUACAUGUGAGAACCCCACCCCCUCUGCAGAUUGCAAAGCUAACUGUGUGGAGGCCUGUGUCUGUAAGGAUGGGUAUCUCUUGAGUGGAAACAAGUGUGUACCUAAGACUGAGUGUGGCUGCACGUAUGUCGAUGGAGGAGACUCACGUUACCUACAGGCUGGAGAAACCGUCUGGGUUGAUACCACCUGCAGCAAAAAGUGCACCUGCAGUAACGGCCAGGCUAAGUGCGAGAACACCGUCUGCCCAACUGGAACGGCGUGCAAUAUUGUUGAUUGGAUCAGAGGUUGCCAUCCAGUUUCUAAAGCCACCUGUAACAUCUACGGUGACCCCCAUUACAACACCUUUGAUGGCAACACCUACGACUUCCAGGGAACCUGCACCUACACUGCUGCUAAAGGCUGCAACCUGAACGGAACAAAACUCACUGAGUUUUCAGUUAUAAUAGAAAACGAGAAACUGGAAGGAGUCCAGCUAAGUCCAAAUGUAUCCGUGGCUAAGGUGGUCGUUGUGGAAGUGUAUGGCAUGGUUUUAGUCUUGCGGAGAGAUGAGCUACAUCAGAUAACGGUUGAUGGCAUCGUAAAUAACAUCCCUCUAAAUCUGGACAAUGGAAAAGUGAUAGUCCAGCAGGAGGGCUAUCAAAAUGUAAUCACGACAGACUUUGGCCUGAGAGUUGCCUUCGAUAUGAUUUAUCACGUCAGUAUCACAGUCCCUGCCAGCUACUAUGGGAAGACCUGUGGCUUGUGUGGAAACUUCAAUGGUAACAAGAACGAUGACUACAUGCUGCCAGAUGGUAAAGAAACCAAAAAUAUUCAGACAUUCGGAGCUGCGUGGAUGGUGGCUGUUCCUGGUGUUGUGUGUGAUGACGGCUGCAGUGGAGACUUCUGUCCAAAGUGUCCUGCAGACAAGAAAGCUAUAUUUGAAAAUGACUGCAGCAUUAUAACCAACUUUGAGGGUCCAUUCGCUGCUUGCCACGGUGUCAUCAACCCCGAUUCCUACUUCAGAGAUUGUGUCUUUGAUGUCUGUGCUGCAAAUGGAGAUGCAGACAUGCUCUGUCACAGCAUCGCUGCUUACAUGAUCGACUGCCAGGACUUUGGGGUCACUAUUAAAAACUGGAGAACAUCAACAUUUUGCCCUCUGAAAUGCACAGCCAACAGUCACUAUGAAAUCUGUGCCCAGUCAUGUGGUACACCAUGUCCAGGCCUCUCUAAAAUCAUCAACUGUGAUGUUCAGGUCUGUGCUGAAGGCUGCAUGUGUGACUCUGGAUUCUAUAAUGAUGGGACAGGAUGUGUUAAAGCAGAUCAGUGCAGCUGUUAUGAGAAUGGACACACAUAUAAGUUUAAUCAGACAGUCGUCACAAACAAAUGCCAAGAACGCUUAACCUGUCUCGCCUCCGGUGAAGUCAAACAUGAAGCGAUGAAGUGUGGUGUGAAUGAAGUCUGCGAGAUUCAGAGUGGUGUUCUAGGCUGCUACCCCAAACCUAAUGUUUUUGGUACCUGCUGGGUCAUGGGUGAUCCUCACUACCGCUCUUUUGAUGGUGAAUACUACAACUUCAUGGGUGACUGCACCUACAUCAUGGCCAAGAACUGCCAAGAAGACAGCGAGUACCCAGCAUUCGAAGUUCAGGCCAAGAAUGAACGAUUUGGCAGCACUAAGGGCACCUUUGUUAGCAAGGUCAUCAUUAAGGUUUAUGGAGAAACCAUCACCAUUGUCCACCAUGAGACUGGGCUUGUGCGGAUCAGUGAUUCUCUUUGGUAUCUCCCGGUCUCUUUGGACAAUGGCAAAGUGACUCUUCAGCAGAGUGGCCGCUCUGUCAUUGUGGAGACAGACUUUGGUCUGUCAGUGCAGUACAACUGGGACCAGUAUCUUGUGAUAAAGAUACCAGACACCUUUAUGGGGAGGAUGUGUGGAAUGUGCGGAAACUUCAAUGGGCAGAAGAAUGAUGACCUCACCACUCCCACUGGCUCUGCAGCAAGCAAUAUUUCAGCCCUGGGAGCGAGCUGGAAGGUGCCAGGGUUGCCUCAGGAUGUCCAGUGCACUGAUAUUUGUGAGGGCCAGUGUAAUAGCUGUGAGGGCGAACCAUGGUAUGAUCGUUUGGAGGCAGAGGCCUUCUGUCACUUGUUCACUCUCCUUACCGAUGGUCCUCUUCGUGACUGCAAGACUCUCAUCGAUCCCAAGGUUUUAUAUGAGAACUGCCUCACUGACUACUGCAUGGGGAAAGGAGUCAAGAAUUUCCUUUGUAAGACGGCAGAACUUUACGCAGAUGCAUGUCAGCGAGCCGGUGUCCACGUCUACAGCUGGAGAAACCUCAUUGGCUGUCCUGACCCCAAAUGCCCUGCAAACAGUCACUACGAGUCCUGCGCCUGUCCCGCCUCCUGUGAGAACCCCUCCCCCUCAGCAGACUGCAAAACCAAAUGUGUAGGGGCCUGUACAUGUGAUGAUGGGUAUCUGUGGAGUGGAAACAAAUGUGUACCUAAGAGUCAGUGCGGGUGUCUGUACAGCAGUGGGGGACAAAAGCGCUACCUGCCGGCUGAAGAUUCCAUCUGGACUGAUGACAACUGCAGCAGAGAGUGCACCUGCAACCCAACCAAUGGUGAAGUUCUAUGUAAAAACGCAAGCUGCCCAACUGGAACAUCUUGCAGUAUUUCUAAAGGAAUCAGAGGUUGUCAUCCAGUAUCUCAUGCCACUUGCAACAUCUAUGGUGACCCCCACUACAACACAUUCGACGGCAGCACCUAUGACUUCCAAGGAACCUGCACCUACACUGCUGCUAAAGGCUGCCACCUUGAGGGAACACAACUCACGCCAUUUUCAGUUGUGGUGGAGAACGAGAAAUGGGAAGGAGUUCAGCUCAAUCCAAAUGUCUCCGUGGCCAAAGUGCUUGUGGUGGAAGUGUAUGGCAUGAUUAUCGUGUUGCGUCGUAAUCAAUUACACCAAGUAGAGGUAAAUGGCGUCUUAACGAACAUCCCCAUAAGUCUCGAUAAUGGACUUGUGACAGUCCAGCAGCAGGGCUAUCAAAAUGUAAUCACUACGGCCUUUGGUUUGAAAGUAGCCUACGAUAUGAUUUACCACGUAACAGUUACAGUCCCCAGCAGCUACACUGGAAAAACGUGUGGGCUGUGUGGAAACUACGAUGGUAAGAAGAACAAUGAGUAUGUGUUGCCUGAUGGUAAAGUGACAAACGACAUUCAGACAUUUGGAGCUGCGUGGAAAGUGGCUGUUCCUGGUGUUGUGUGUGAUGACGGCUGCAGUGGAGACUUCUGUCCAAAGUGUUCUCCAGAAAAGAAACUUGUAUUUGAAAAGGACUGCAGCAUUAUUACCAACCCUGAGGGUCCGUUCGCUGCUUGUCACAAACUCAUCAAUCCAGAUUCCUACUUCAGAGAUUGUGUCUUUGAUGUCUGUGCUGGAAAUGGAGAUGCCGACUUGCUCUGUCACAGCAUCGCUGCUUACAUGAUCGACUGCCAGGACUUUGGAGUCACUGUUGAAAACUGGAGAACAACAACAUUUUGCCCUUCAAAAUGCCCAGCAAACAGCCACUAUGAGAUCUGCGCUCAGUCGUGUGGCACAACCUGUCCUGGGCUGUCUGAAAUCGUCAACUGUGAUGUUCAGGUCUGUGCUGAAGGCUGUACAUGCGACUCUGGAUUCUAUAACGAUGGUACAGGAUGUGUUAAAGCGGAUCAGUGCAGCUGCUAUGAGAAUGGGCACACCUAUAAGAUUGGUGAGUCUGUUAUCACUGACAACUGCCAGGAGCGCAUGACCUGUCUUGAUACCGGUGUAGUGAAUAUUGAAAGUAUGAAUUGUAAGAAUGAUGAAAUCUGCGCGGUUAGGAAUGGAGUUCGUGGAUGCUAUCAAAAGCAGUGUGUGUUAGAAGAUGGAGGCUCCUUCACUCUUUUCAAUGGAACAACUUGGACAGUCUCAUCUGUGGGAGCUUUUGACCUGGUGAAAGUAUGUGAUGGAGUGGAUUUGUCCACCUGGUUCCGUGUGGUGGUGGAGUUGCAAGUCUGUAGCACUGGAUUCCUGAAACCUGUGGCUGUUUACGUCUUCAUUGAAGAUCUGCUUGUCACUGUUAACAGCAAACAUGAGAUCUGGUUGAAUGGCAGGAAGGUGACGCUGCCAACUAUGCAGAAAAAUCAGCUAUUAGUUAAGGUCAUCGAUCAAACAGUCAUCAUCGAGAAGGAGUCUGCCCUUAAACUGUCUUACAGUCUGACAGAUGAGAUCUCGAUUACAGUGGAUGAAGUGAUUGCUGAUAAAGUCUGUGGUGCCUGUGGCAAAUUGACAGAGUCUAUUAAUUUUGACGCCAUACAGUUCUACAUGGAUCAGUUCAGAGCACCUGACUUUCCCAGCUGCAGCUGAAGAUCUUCCUCUUUUUUGAAUCCUUCUGGAGACAUCUACUAAAGAGAUAAAGGAAAUUUUAAUUGAUUCAAUGUAUACAAUAUAAUUCUGUACAUUAUUAUAAUGAUUAUCUAACAAAUAUUCAAGUAAUGGAUCAAUUAAAACACUUGCAACACA